AUGGGGCGCCGCGUAUGGAUGACGCGACAGAUGAUCGUGGACAAAUACAAGUCUGAGAGCGUGGCGGACAGAAUCAUAACCAACAAGUUGUCGAAUGAAGAUACAAAGAAAAGCCAGACGAAAGCUCACCCUGACGACCCUGACAACGAGGAGCUCCGCUUGUACUUGAUCUGGGACACCGAGCAAGAAGAGACCACAGAGGACACCAUUCUGAUGCAGCUCUUCUCUGCUGUGGACAAGGAUGACGACAGCCAAGAGGCAAAGCAGGACAAGAAGAGGAAGUGUGAAGAGAAGAAGAAAGGAAAGAAGCGAGGCAAGUCCAGCAGCAGCUCCUCGCAGGACUGCAUGCAGAGUCUAUCAGAAUUCGGGCAGGGCUUUUGUGCACUCCAUAAGUACCAGGUUCAAGUUUCGUCGACAUUAGGAUUUUCGUGUGUUUAUAGUAGUAUACAUCACAUGCACAUAAGCCUGGUAGUCCACACAUUCAUGCACAUUCAUGUGUCUAGAAAACCCUAA